ACCGAACGGAAGGCAAUCUGCUCGAAUCCGGCGGACCGCGAACAGGUUACCCCGUGUACUCGUGUUACAUCGUUCUCCUUCUAUUUCUUCUUCUUCUUCUUCUUCCUUCCCUUCUUCUCCUGCUUCUUCUUCUUCCUCUGUUCGACUCCUCCGCGUGUUUUUUCCACGCUACGCUAUCUUCGCCCCCGAUUUCUUCCUCGAUUCGGUUAUGGAUAUCGCGAAGGGUGGACGAGGCGACCCGUGUCGGGAAGAAUCACGUGUUCCUUCCGAGCUGUCAAACCAACCGAGUGCGCGUUAAAUAUAUAUAUAUAUAUACGUCGCGGAUGGGUGCGUUGAGAGGCGGUACCGAGUUUUCGCGCGAUCGAGAGGAGGAUUGGAAGCUGUUAGAGGAGAAGAAGAAGAAGAAGAAGAGUCGAAAAAGGAGCGGAAUAUCGUGAAAGAGUGGAACAAGGUCGAAGAGAGGAAAAGGGGGAGGUCGAAAGAAGGGCAAGUAUAAAGAGCGUGGGUUAGCUGAAAUCUGGAUGUCAGCUGCUCCCGCGAGAGGCGCGAGAAGCGAGUGGGGGUGAGGCCGGCCGUUGGCGCGCUUGGAAAGCCCGAACGGAAGGCAAUCUGCUCGAAUCCGGCGGAGCGCGAGCAGGUUAUCCCGUGGUUGCUCGUCGCCCGUUAUUGGGGAAGGGAGGAGACGGGACGGGCGGGAAGGUGGGAGAGAGACGGUAGGAAGCCGGGAGAAAGAAAUCGAGGAUCGAGGUGAAAGAGGAGAGCGGUGGUGGGAAGCGGGAGGGAGAGAGGGAGGGGGUGGGAAGGUAGAGAAGGGCACACGCGUCUAUAGGUAGCGACGAGCUUCGACGAGGCGCCUGCGCUCGCGAGCACUCCUCGCCGUUACCUCCUCGCAUCGACUACGCUCGUCCACGUAGACGCGACAGCCGACGUGAAAGCUCGCGCUGCGAUGAGACGCGUUCGCCGACGGAUCCAAGGACAGGAUGUCACUCCGCUCCGCUGAUCGUACGCGGGAAGCCACGCCGGGUCCUGGCGUCGACUGCGCUCGCGCGCUCCUGCGCCAGCGCGACGCGCACACCGACCGCUUCGUUUUGUGACACCGCUCGCGAGUGCGCGCGUGCAUACGCCGACCGACCUUCGACCGCUCCUCGUCGCCCUCUCCGCGCGCCCUCCAGGACUCGCCCCGACGACCACUCGUCCGAGUUCCAGGAAAACUCGUGGAAAUUGGAGGAGAUCGGAGGUGAGGGAGCGCGAGAAGAAGAAGAAGGAGAGAGGAGGAAAGGAGAGGGGAGGAGGGGGUGGACCGGGAAGAAACGGAGAGAGCAUCCGUCGGGCGCGGAAGGACAGGAAGAGAAACGAUCGCACAGGCACAGGGAGGACGGGUUUGGGUAGAGCAGUGGAGGAGGAGGAGGAGGAGGAGGAGCUGGUGCUGGGUGUGGAGGGGGUGGAGGUGAUCGUCUGGUGAUGAUGAUCGGUGGCGGCGUCGCGACCCCUCCUGGUACUGCCAAGUCGGCGGCUGCGAUCGACGGCGAAAUGGUGCAGGUCGACGGCAUUGGCAGUGGUAGUGUCAGUGGCAGUGCUAGUGGUAGUGGUAGUCCCGCGACAGGCGCGACUACUACGCGUAUCGCCAACUCCAACAACGCUGGCGGCAACAAUAAUAACAAUAAUAAUAACGGGGACGUUGCGAACAAUAACAACAACAACAAUAACGAGGGACACGCAGUGGUGAAUUGCGGGAGCGGGCCAGGCGCCCCGUUGACCGACAAGUUUUGCUGUCACGACGACGAUGCCCCCGUGAGCACCGGCGUCGCCCGACCUUGGGAACCACCCUCGCCGACCUUCUCGCAGACGAGGUCGCAUCUGUUUCAGGUCCAUCCACCGCACCAUCAUCAGCAUCCAGCCGCGCAUCACCAUCAACAGAUGACCGUGCCUCCGGUGUCGUUGAUCGACGGGGUGAGCCUGCAGAACUGUACCGCGGGCCCGUUCGCGAGCGGGAACGGCGGUGGAAGCAGCCGUCAACGUUUGCUCGAGCUGUCCCAUGGAUUGGGGGCACUGAGACACUACAACGACCUGGCCAAUCACGUGCUCUCGUUGAAUCAACAGGGGGCGGUCGUCACCAAGCUUCUGGGUACGCUGCGCCCGCCGGGUUUAAUCGGUGGUAGCAAGCCGAAAGUCGCGACGCCGGCCGUCGUCGCCAAGAUCGAGCAGUACAAGAGGGAAAACCCGACCAUUUUCGCAUGGGAGAUUCGGGAGAGGCUCAUCUCCGAAGGUGUGUGCAGCAACGCGACGGCCCCGUCCGUGAGCAGCAUCAAUCGAAUCCUGCGGAAUCGCGCCGCUGAGCGGGCGGCCGCCGAAUUCGCGAGGGCGGCCGGAUACGGGUUGUACGCCGCAGGCCCUCACCCGUACUUCAACAGCGGCCAUCAGCACCCGACGACCAGCCACCACUUGCCCGCCGGCUGGCCUGCGCCGGGGGCGGCUGCCCACCCCUGGAUGCUGCCGCCGCUGGCCACCGGCAUCUCGGGCGCCGCUUCCGCUCUGCUGCUUCCGCCGUCCUUGAGCCCCGGCGCGGCGGUCGCCGCCGCCGCAGCCGCCUCCGCCUCCGCCGCUGGCGCGCCCGACCACUCUCUGCACGCGGACGCCAUCGCCCGAGGCUACUUGCAAGGUGAUUGCGAUUUCCCCGCGAUUUCGAGGAUGAGCAGGGGCGAGGGGGGGAGCGAGAGAGAGAGUGUGGAAGAAUGGUCGUUUUUCUGCGCAGACGGCGACGGGGACGAAGGGAGCCUGGACGGGUCGGAGCAACCCAAGUUCCGGCGGAAUCGCACCACGUUCAGCCCGGAACAGCUCGAGGAGCUCGAGAAGGAGUUCGAACGAUCUCACUACCCUUGCGUGUCCACGCGGGAGCGGCUAGCAUCGAAGACGUCUCUGUCGGAGGCUCGUGUGCAGGUUUGGUUUUCCAACAGACGGGCAAAGUGGCGUCGUCAUCAGCGAAUGAACCUCUUAAAGCGUUCGCCGCCGCCACCUCCGCCACCGCCGCCACCUCCGCUGCAACAGCAGCAGCAGCAGCAGCAGCAGCAACAGCAGCAGCAGCAGCCGCCGCAGCCGCCGCAACCGCAUUCCGCAUCCGGUAUGGAGGUAAACCGUGCGUCGAGCUGCUCGAUCGGCGGAAUGGGAGGAGAAAGUAGCGCGUUCCGGGUCGUGGUGACCAACUCGUCGUCGUCUUCGUCGUCGUCGAGGGAGCUGAUGGCGGAGCGGAACGAGAGGAUGGCGGAGAAGAAGGUGGAGUCGAUCGCGAGGCAGCCGGAACGGAAGCCGAGCGCCUUCAGGAUGAUCAGCCAACUCGUCGGGGAAGAUUCGCCGAGUAUAUCGAACAAGGCGUCGAGCCCCGGCUACGAGCAGCGCGAGAGGCACGAGGUGUCGAACGUCGGAGCCGGGAUCAGGGCCGAGUCGAGGAGCAAAGAGGAACUGGAGCGCGUGGAAGAGGACGAGGAAGAGGACGAGGAGAUAGACGUUCAAGACUCGGACCAAGAUGUUCCUUCUUCGCCCACGGUCGGGGCCUGGCGGGAUCAUUGGACGGAGCAGCAACCUUUGGAAUUGACGAAACACGAUCGUUGAAAUCGCCCCUUUCUUUUCUUCUCCUUCCUUUCCUUUCGAUCGUUAAACGUGCGCCCGAUCGAUUCCCUUCCUUUUCUUUUCCUUCCCGACCAAACGUUGUGAUUUAUCGUAAUUGUAUGUCGUGCGUGUAUGUCUUUGUGUAUAUACGUGUGCACACUCGGAGCCGUUGUGACGGAGAGGAGAGGUUAUAGAGAGAAAGUGCGUAAGAAAGAAAAAGUGCGUGACUAAUCUCGAUCGGUGGAAAAACUUCGAUCCGAUCCCGUGCACGGACCUUGACUUUCUUGGUGAAAUCCGAUCGCGAACGGAUCGUCGAUUUGCGAACUCGUAAUUCGCUCCCCGAUUAUUUCGAUCGAUCUCGAUCGAUCUUAUAAAACCUACUCACCGCUCGCUCCCAUUUAUCGCGAUUAAGAUUACGAUAAACGCUGUUUACGAAGAUGGUUGUGCGUGGUAACGUCGAGAAGCCGAGAUACGCGUCAUCGUGGCGCGUCGGUUUAAAAUUAUGGAUGGAUUUUAGACAGGUCGGUCGAUCGCUCGCGCAUCGGGCUGUCGACCGGCCCCGCUGUAAUUGCGCCACGUAUAUUAUAUAAUUUACAGCGGCGCGGCACAGGACGAUUCGUUCCUCCGCUGUCUGGAAAGCGAGCAGCCGCGGACACGUGUCCGGACACUUAUCCGCAACACUAGUCCUAGAGAAUCCGUUAUACGUCCGAAGAUAAUGCAGAUUGCCUAGGUACUACUACUACUACUACUACUACUACUACUACUACUAUUACUACUACUAUUACUACUACUAUUACUGCUACUACUACCACUACGUAGAUAGAAUAGUCGAACAGAUGGUAAUACUGUAACGAACACUCUGUUAAAAAACGACUUUUAUUUAAAUGAAAAUAUCGUUUGUAAAUAUCUA